UCACGGCUGAUGCCCUCGUCGAUCACUCGCAAUCAGGAUGCUGAUCCUCUUGUGAUUCGGCGCCUAAACACCUCAUUCUCACUAUAAUUCUAUUCCGGACGACCAUGUUAACAUUGCCUAUAUGAAGUCCUACGCACCCACUAGCCCUGUGCUGUGGACCUGUAAGCUAAUUGGAUACAAUAGUAGUACGAUCAUGGUACCGCCGAAGCUGCGAAGACCGGAAAGGUUUAUCCUCGGUAACAUCUCCUUGCUUUCAUGCUCCAUCUUCAACGCGCUUUGAUAGCGAACUCAAUGGGUCUCUUCGAAAUCAGCUGAGCAAGCAAGAGCGCAGCGAUAACCACGAUGUAGCACGUAACUAGCAGCAGGAUGCCACUUGUAUGGCGUUCUGUUGGUCCCACAGACGCCGUGAUCAAUUAUCGGAAGCGACGGACAGCCAGCCAAGAAUUUACAGAGACAUAAUUAGAGACAAGCGCUGUACCACCGCGAUCCGGGUUCAAGUGAGACCACAUAGGCUGCCCGUUGACCCGCCGCAAGUCCUGAAAGGACGUCCGGUCCCGUUCGUCGAGCAAGAAAGCUUCAAGAUACUUGUGCCUUCCGGGACGUUUUUGACGUUGCUCUCAUGCACAGUCUUCUUCCGUACACGAGAUGAUUCGUCACUCACGGUACUUUUCUCCAGCUCGCUUCGAAAAAUGGCUCUCAGACGUUCACUCUGGCUUCAUUCAAAUAAUACAGUCGCUCAGGUGUCAUGGCAGAACAUAUCUUCCCACCUUCUAGGAGCUUGCGUUUCGUCAUGUCGAUAAGACUAGUCCUCGGUCUUGA